CUUCAAACUCCUUCGCACUCGAACGGUCUGCCCUAAAUACUGGCUAAUGCACACUAUCUGAGCGAUAAAUAAUACUCGAAAACACUUUGCGAUCACGAAUGUGAAUUAAUACGAUACGGAAAACAUCGGGAAUUGAUACAACAAUGGCAGACAAGCCUUCUGGUCCGGGCGACAUUAUGCCGACACAGACGGAAUACAAGAAGUCUCAAGCUCGCGUACGGGAUCUCGUUGAUAAAAGACGUCAGCUCGAGAGGCGCUUAAAUUCCGUUGAGGAGGGCAUUAUCCAGAAGGAGUCAGCCUACCUAGAGAACACACCAAGUGGAAAUAUCAUUACAGGCUUUGACAAUUACAUGAAAGGCAUCAGUGGUGCCGGUGCGCAGCGGCGCAAGACUGGCCCUAUGGAACAGAACCGCGUGUUCUCGCGCUCUUCGGUUUCCUAUAGACCUAGUACAGAGGCAACGCCAGGAUCUACGCCAGCAUCACACGCCCCAACACCGGUUUCUGCGACAUUCAAGGAUACUUCAACACCGACCGGCUCAAGUAAAGCGUCUAAAAGCAAGAAGAAGGAGAAGGAGGCUGAGGAUAGCGAAAACGACACACAAACUACCAAAAAGCGAACCAACUUUGGUGCCUCAAGGAAGUAAUGAAGUUGCUGGAAAUACGACUCACACCAAUUUACGACGUAGGGGCGUGUGGUUACUAUCGCUGCGGCAAACGAAUGCCAUCAUCGCCCAAGAGCACCUGUUAGUCAGUGUCUGUAUAUACCAAUGACAUGCUCUGGAGCGGGCCGACCAGCACAAUGUUGGAAGACUCCCAAGAACAACUCGGAUCCCAGUUCAAAAGUGCAGGGAUGGGGUUUGGAGGGCCUCGGCCUCGGAGUCAAUGAGCCAACCGCGUAGUGCGCGAGUGCACUUCCCCAGCCACUAAGGACAUUGGACGAUCUUGCAGGUGGUGCAAGGUGCGGAUGAAAUGCAGGAAAUGAUACACCAACAGGCCCGAUAACGGGGCAGAAAUGCUUCGGGGCCGCGGGGAGAGGUUACUUUUACGUAUGCAACGGCAGCAUUUGAGUGUUGGUGGGAUGAACUGGUUCGUACCAAGCCUAGACUUGGCUAGGUUAGAUGACUUGGCCUAGUGCAGAUGCUAAAAGCACUGAUAAAAAUAGCAUCAUGAGAAUAUGACAAAACGAUAUGCAAGUGUGAGAUUGAAUCUAUGCAGCGGAUGUUGCCCGGUUGCGUGAUUGGAGUGUUUGACAAUGGCAGUAACGGGUGAAGAUAAGCCAUAGCGGGCAAAAGGCACGCCAUCAGCAUCGGUGUUCGGCCACGACCCGUGCUGUCUUGCGCAGUUUUAUGACUUGUUGGUCCGGCCAUUGGGUAAAUGCUUGUAUAGUAGGCCCCCCACCCCUGUAAGUUUGGAGAAAGUGUGAAUAAUGGUUUGAUCUGGGAGAACCGCUAGCGUGGCGCCAGGCUCGGCGCUGGCGGGUGGAAGCGGGU